CAGACUCAGUAUAAGUGAGAAGUUGCUGUUCUCGUCACACUGUCACACUCACACUGCGUUCAGGGGUCGAUCCACUUUGCUGAUUCCUCUGAUUCAUCAUGAACCUGUUCGUGAUCGCUGUCCUCCUGUGUCAUCUAAUUAUCUGCAGCCAACAGGCAUCGCCGCUCAGUUCUUGUGUGUGUGAGCUGAAGAACUCACAGAAGCCGUUCCCUUAUGAACAACUGGCCUCAGUGAACAACAGAGUUUCUGACUGUAACAAUAAUGUGACACCACAGGAGAUUCAGGAUCUGGACACUCUGCUGUUGGGUUUGGAGCGCCGUGUGCCUCAGCUUCAGGCCGACCUGUCCAUGCUGGAGAAGGAGGAUGAUGGAGACCUUUAUGGAGUUCUCAGCCUGCACAUCAUAGAGAAUGAACUGAUUGAAAUCAACCAGCUCAUCAACAGGCUCAACAGCACCACCAUGAGACAGCAGAGGCUCAGUGCAACUACCAGUGAAGAGCUUCAAGAUCUUAAAGCAGAGAUGGAGAAGAUGAAAAUCUAUGACACCCUGCAGGUUGUGAAGAGGCAGAAGGAAAACCAGCGUCUGAAGAGAGACCUGGUCAAGUGCAAGAAUGGACUCCACCCCACUGCCCCGCCCACUGAGCCUGCACGAGGUGUCUGUCCACACGGUCCUAUCCUGAACGUAACUGGACCAAGGGACCAUACACCAGGAGAGUAUCCUGGUUCCUACAAGUAUGGAGCUUGGGGCCGUGACCCCAAACCAGAGGCAGGAAAAGAGAACUGGUAUUGGCUAGUAAUGCUGACUUCUGGUAAUAAGUACUCCAACUAUGUCCGUCUCUACUCAACGCUGAGCAAUAUGAUUGUUGGAAUAAGCACCCCAGGUAAUGUCCAAAUCCACGCUUCUAACCCAACCACGAACACCAUCCAAGGGCCGAACGUCGUGCUGUAUGGAAAUCACUUAUACUACAACUGUUACAACGAAGAUUAUGUCUGUAAAUUCAACCUCACCAGCAAGACAGUCUCCAAAGUACAACUGCCCAAAGGCACCAGGUACAACGCAAAGGCAAAUUUCUGUCAUCUUGAUGAAUGUUACCCGUUAACCGACCUGGACUUAGCAACAGAUGAGUCUGGUGUUUGGGUCAUUUACACCACCACCCAGGAUUUUGGCAACCUUGUGGUGUCCAGAUUAGAUGGAGAGGUCUUGACGAUUAACCAAACCUGGCACACCACCCUGUACAAACAGGCGGUAACCAACACCUUCAUGGCCUGCGGCGUUCUCUACGCUACACGAUACAUCAGCAAAGACAUGGAGGAGAUCUUCUACUCAUUUGAUACUGCAACAGGGCGCGAGAGGUUCGACAUUGGAAUAAAGAUCCGCAAGAUGGCUGCCAACAUUUACUCGAUAAACUACAGCCCCGUGGACCAGAUGUUACAUGUCUACAGUGACUCCGUUAUGACAUCCUAUGAGGUCAUAUUUGGAUAAA